AUGCAGUAUAUAUUGUUACAUAUUUUAUUAAAUAUACUGCAUAUAUAUUUUCCAGGUCUUGUAACUAUAAUGGACAGAGACACAUCUCUUAACAAUACAAAUUUAACACGUUUCAUGACAAUUUUGACCAUGGAAAAGUUGGACCUACCACCAUCCAGUGCCUUUUUCAUAUUCAUUUUUGGUAUUUUCACAUACUGUUUAAUUGUGUUCUUCCACUCAGUACUGCUUGUGACUAUUGUUGUAAAAAGGGAUCUGCAUAAGCCUAUGUACAUACUGCUGUUUAAUUUGUCCAUAUGUGACCUUAUGGGAGCUACAGCUUUUUAUCCUCAGCUUGUUUGUAGUAUAUUUUCUCAGAUGAGAGAAAUCUCCUACCCUGCCUGCGCCUUGCAAGGCAUAAUUAUUCACCUUUAUGGAAGUGGAGCUCUUUCAUUUCUCACUGUUAUGUCUUAUGACCGAUACAUUGCCAUUUGCAAGCCUUUGAGAUACCACGAUUUGAUGACAGAAGAUACCUUGGUAAAACUUAUUUUCAUGGUGUGGUCUGUCAGUAUUUUCACGGUUGGGUCUCUAUUUACGCUCACAAUAAGCAAAGAAAUUUGCAGGAUAAAUAUAGUGGACACAUACUGCAAUAAUCCAUCGUUAAUGAAGCUAAGCUGUGAGGAUAUGAAAGUGAUUAACUACUAUGGCUUGUCUCAUAUAGUUCUUAUACAAGGCUCUUCUGUACUGGUAGUAUCAUUGACAUAUAUAAAAAUCCUAAUUACCUGUCUUUCUACAAAACAGACACACUCUAUAAGUAAGGCAGUGCAAACAUGUGGGAUGCAUCUCGCUGUUUUUUUGAGUUUUGAAAUUAAUGCAUUCUUACUACUGAUUUCUCACAGGUUACAAUCAGUGUCUCCAGACAUACGAAGGGCCUUUGGUGUUUCAAUUCUUAUAUUUCCUCCAAUUCUUAACCCUCUAAUUUACGGGUUAAACACAAAGGAAAUUCGAAAAACAGUUUUUCAAUUCUUAACAACAAAGGUUUUUUUUAAUUAA